UUUAUUUAUUUCACUGCUCAUUCGAAUCAUCCACUUCGUGUGGCCAGGACUUUAAAAAACUCCAGUUCAAUUUUAAGCUCUAAAUACAUUUUCACUCUAUUUUUUGUAUUCAAAAUUCAUCAUGACGAGCGAAGUGUUCAAGGCGGCGUUCUCCUCGGGGAAGGAAUACUCGGCUGAAGAGAAGGAAAAAUUGGUCCAGUUCAGGAAAAUGGUGGCGGACUUGUCCCUGACCGAGGAACAAUUGGAGGACGACUAUCUCAUAAAAUGGUUACGAGCCAGAUACUUGGAUCUUCCCAAGGCAUCCGAGAUGCUUCGAGCCUCCAUGAAGUGGCGGAAGGACAACGACAUCGACACGCUGCUGGAACGGGAGGGCGACUCCAUCCCGGAGGACAUGAAGAAGGGGUCGCCACUCGCGUGGUGUGGCAUUUCGAAAGAAGGCUACGGCACGUUUAUCUUCCCCUUGGGGAGAAAUGAUCUUCGAGCCAUGAUUGAAAAGUAUGGGGUCAAGGCGUGUGAAAGAUAUAACAACAUCUUCAUGCUGCAAAUGCUGAAAAUUAUGAAGGAAGAAGGCGAGAAGAAAGGUGUCAAGUGCACGCAACUGAUUGAAAUUUGCGAUUGCGAAGGGUAUUCAUAUCGACAAAUGGCCACGAAACAAUGUCGCGAGUUUAUGACAAAUAUGCAAAAUAACAUGGAUGCCAAUUAUCCCGAGCUCUUGCGAUACGCUAUGAUGAUAAAUACUCCAAAGGUCUUCGCCAUAAUAUUCAACUUGCUGAAACCACUCAUUCCUAAGGCAACGUUGGACAAGAUUGAUAUAUUUGGGCCAGACCCAGAGAAAUGGCGAGCCGUCGUACGAGAGAAGUUUCCUGUCGAACUAAUUCCCGCCUAUUGGGGUGGAGAUUUAGUAACGGAGGAUGAGUAUGCGAGUGGUCAUCCAAUUUGGCUUCAAGGGCCGGCCGACUUGGGCCCUUUUAUGAGAGGUUUGGCUGAGGAAGACGCGGCUUACACCAAAGUUACGAUUGCCGCUCGAGAGAGAUUUAUCCAAGAGGUCGACGUUGCUGAGAAGAAUACAAUUAUCGAAUGGAAAUUUAAAUCCGAGGGACAUGAUGUCGGUUUUCACGUGUUUUAUUCAAAGGAGGCCCGUGCGAAGAAGGAGCAGUGGGAAGACAUCGUCCCCUUGGCGCGGGUUGACGCUCACACGCAAGUUCAGGAGGGGUCUCACCUCUGCGAAAAGGAGGGCAUCUACUCCCUCGUUUGGGACAAUGGGUUCAGUCUCAUGAAGGCGAAAACCAUCCUGUACCAGAUUUCAUUCGUUGAUCCAGCCCAUCAAGAAAAUCCAGAUGCUUAAUUUGUCUAAUGAAUGGGUUGAUUGGCUAAUUUGUAGAAUUGAAUCUGUGUGAAUAAAGUAUUAUUUGAGACAAAA